UAGAGUCCCCCGUGGCCCCGAGAGGAGCUUCCAGUUCCCGCGUGUGCUCCUGCAGGUCCAGCGCCCACCAUGUGGCCCCUCACAGUGUUGUUGUGGGGCUGCCUCUUGCUCCCAGGUUACAGAGCCAUGGUGGGCCCCAAGGAGAUCAGUGGGUUUGAAGGCGACACCGUGUCUCUGCAGUGCACCUACAGGGAGGAGCUGAAGACGUAUAGCAAGUACUGGUGCAGGGAGCGCGGGAUCUUUGUCUCCCACUGCUCUAACACCAUCUAUGCAAGAAAGGACGGUCAGGAGACGACGGAGGGCAGGGUGUCCAUCCAAGACAGCCCCCAGACACUCACACUCAACGUGACCCUGAGGAAACUCACCCUGCAGGACGCCGGGAAAUACUUCUGUGGGGUCUCCAAACUGGGCCGAGAUGAGUCUUUCCUGGUCUCCCUGCUUGUCUUUCCAGCUUCUCCUGGUCUCCACCAAACAGUCACCACAGCCAAGCAGGGGAAGACAGGGGCCUCGGCCUCGGCCCCUACGUUCACAGGGACCUCCCCAUACGGGCACACAGGAAGCUACCCCUACACAGGAACCUCUCCGCGCACAGGAAGCUACCCCUACACAGGAACCUCUCCGUAUGCGGAGACCUCUCCUCAUGAAGCAACCUCUCCUCAUGCAGGGACCUCCCGCCUCUCCAAACGGCCGGACUCCAGCUCAGCAGAGGACACCGCUCUGGCCCCCAGCAGCAAUAGCUCUGUGUCUAGAGUCUCCAUCCCAAUGGUCCGCAUCUUGGCCCCUGUUCUGGUGCUGCUGGUUCUUCUGCUGGCCGCAGGCCUGGCUGCCCUUGGCAGCUAUCUGCUCCGCUGGAGGAAGGAAGCUCACCUGGCCGCUGAGACACAGAGGAACGAGAAGGUCCACCUCUCCCAUUCACACUCGCCGCUGGAGUACCCCGUGAUCAACCCCGCAGGGCCUUCCGGGCCUCACGCCAGCCCAGAGCCCGCCGCCAGCCCGUGCACAGAAAUCCAGUGCCUCAGCCAGAGUUCAGAAGAAAGUGAAGUGCCUUUGCAAGACCUGGAGGGGAACAUCAUCCCAGGGCCUCCCCUCCACAUGUCGGAGGAGGAGCUCUGCUUCUCAAAGUUCAUCUCAGUCUAGCAUGGCAAGAGUGCCCCCCAGGGCAGCCUGCCGGGAAUCUGAACGGCUAGAUUUGCACUAACUCCAAUAAACUUUCCGCUAUA